CGGGCAGCCUUCGCAGCACCGUUGCGCAGCCCCUCGCGGCGACGACGCGUGGCACCGAUGGCGCAGCAGGUGUCCACGGCGGACUGCGCGCCGCCGCCGGGCGUAUCCAUAGAAGCUGAGCUCGGGACAGGCACUUUUGGCACCGUCUACCGAGCUGUUCUCGAGGACGGGCGCGCCGUCGCGGCGAAGCGCUUUGUGAGAGGAGCCGCCGAUUUAUGUGGAGCCGAAAAGAGCGGCAAGCGCGAGGCCAGGAUGCUGAGACAACUACAAUCGCACCGGCUGAUCUGCGGCCUCGUCUCACAAGCGACGACGGAAAACGCGCUGUGGCUCACGACGGAGCUGGGCGGCCCGUCGCUCGCGUCCUUGACAUGGUUGAAGGUAGAGGGCGAGUACACGCGCGUCUGCGGCCAGAGCUCGCGGACCUACAGGGUCGACCGGGGCCACUUCUGGCACGACUUGUUCGAAGACGAAAAAGAUGUUACGCAGCCCGUGGCGCACAAGAAGCUUCGCGUGUUGUUGGCGCGAUUAUUGGAGGCGGUGGAGCACCUCGCGGCGUCGGGCAUCGUGCACGCCGAUAUCAAGCCUGAUAACAUCCUCAUGGACGGGGCGGUACCGCGCCUCUGCGAUUUCGGAAGUGCCUACGAGUUUGCCGUGGGCGACCCGGGCGGCUCGGCGACGCCCGAGUACCGCGCGCCGGAGUGCGUUACACAUCCACAAACUCUGAGGACGGCGCCACCGGCGUCCGUCGACGUCUACGCGGUGGGGGCAGUUUUUCUGGAACUCGCGUGCGGCUUUCCCGUCUGGUUUCCCUUCAACUCGCGCGUCUGCGACCCGCCGGGCCGGCCCCAGUUCCGCUGCAAGCCGGGACGCUGGCUACGCGGGGCGCUGGCCGUGCCGAACCGCGAGGGCAAGAAGGUCGCGAAGCGCCAGGGGGAAGUGGUCCGGGACCUGUGCUCGGUGCUGCGGCGCAUGCCCGGCAAGGGCCUGUCGCGGGAUACUGACGCGGUCGAUCUGCUCGAGCGGUUGUUAGACGUCGAUCCGGCUUCUCGCGCGUCGCCGGCCGCGGCGCGCGCGCUCCCGUUCCUCGCUGGUCACUAGUUCGUUCGUUUUUCGCUCGAUGUAUUAAGUCAAACAACAC